UCCACAUCUACUCAUUGUACCAGACCCCUCCCUACCUGACCCACCCCUUCCCCUUUUAACCCAUCAACUAAGCCCUAAUCGUAUAACUCCACCAUUCCAAAAAAUUAACUUUCUAGCGCCGCUAGGGUUUCGUCGGUGGAGAUCUUCAAUUUCAAGUACAAGUUUUAUCAUUUUCUAUGCUACAUACCGAUUUAUCAGUCAAGGUAAGUCUAUAUCUUCAUUUAUUUACGCUUUUUAGAUACGUUAGGAUUAUGUGGGGAUUUUGUUAUGUAUGCCAAAAUCGAAUGAAAUAUGUUGUUUAAUGUUAAAUAUUUAGCUUUUUUAUGCCUUUGUAUGGUUUUUAUGGGUUGUAUAUGUGUGGUCCCGUGAUGUUGGUAGUCUUUCAGGGUUUGGUUGUGUCUGCCAUAAAUGAAUGAAGUCCAUUAUUUAAUGUUAAAGAUUAUGCUCUUUAUACCUUUGUAGGGUCUGUUCUUUCCCUUGUUUUUGGGUGGUCCUGAUAUGAUGUUAGCAUUUUAGGGUGUUGUUUAUUCCAUUUGUGUAGCUUUCAAUGCGUUUGUUCUGAUGUGGUCCCUCUAUUUUUUGUGUAUUUACUUUUUCCUUUAUGUUAAUUUGAAGGAUGAUUGAUGAUGUUGAUAUUGUGUUCAAUUAUGGGGGUAGUUGGGUCUUUUCAUUUGAGUUGGUAUACAUUAAAAAACUGGUGCACUUGUGGCUUUCUUUUGACCCUGAUUUGCUGAGUCAUAAGGAUGUAUGUGAUGAGUUUACUUCCAGGCUAGGGUGUUUCUUAAGUUAAACAAUUGCUAGUGAUUGGGCCCUCUGGAAAGUAUUAUAUAGUUGAUGGGGAUGAUGGUAUUAGGUCCAUCCUCAGCCUAGUGUGUGAGGAAUAUAAAGUCAUCAACUUCUUUGCUGUGUUAGAGGGUGAAGAGACAGUCUUUGCUCAACAUGUCACCCACCAUACUAAAACUUACCUUGUAGAUGUGGGGGUUGGUACAGACUGUGAACAUAGUCUUGGUUCUGUUGAUGAAUGGGAUCUCUCUGAGGAUGAGGAGUAUGAUUUUGAGGCACUAGAGGCUAUUAACAAGGAAAGGGUAAGGGUCAAAAUAACCCCAAGUACAAGGUCAAAGACAUGAGAGGAGAGCUUGAAACUGGUUUAAAAUUGAAUGUGUCCUAAUCCAAAUUGAAAAGGGCUAAGUAUAUGAUUCUUGAGAAGUUGGAGGGUAGUUUUAUAGAUGACUACAACAAGCUUGAGGCCUAUGGGCAAGAGCUUAGACAGUCUAAUCCCGAAAGUGAUGUAGUGAUAAAUAUCUCCAAAGAUGCUCUAGAAGAAGAAAAAAGGAAAUUCUUAAGGAUGUACUUGUGCUUUAAUGCUUUGAAGAAACGCUGGAAAUCUGGAUUGAGGCCACUAAUUGGCCUUGAUGGUACAUUCUUGAAAGGUAGAGUUAAGGGCAUCUUGUUGGUUGCACUUGGACAAGAUUCUAUGAAUCGUUUCUUUCCAUUAGCUUGGGCAAUAGUGGACAAAGAAACCAGCAGGACAUGGAGCUGGUUUUGUGAGCUACUGAAGAGGUCUUUGGACCUUAAAGAAGGUAUUGGGAUCACAUUCAUUUCAGCUAUGCAAAAGGGAUUGGUAGAUGCUGUUGACAAGAUUCUCCCUGAAGCUAAUCACAGGUUCUGUGUAAGGCAUAUUGAGAGUAAUUGGUGCAAAAAAUGGAGGAAUGGUCAAAUGAGGAAACUUAUGUGGUGGUGUGCAUGGAGUACAUAUGAUGAAGAGUUCAAGGACCAGUUGAAGAAGUUGGGAAAUUUAUUAGAAAAGGCUACAAGGGACUUGGUGAAAUAUCCACCAAGGGCAUAGUGCAGGGCUUAUUUGGACACUCAAUGUAAGAACAUGAUGGUUGAUAACAACUUCACUGAGUCAUUCAAUUCCUGGAUCCUUGAGGCUAGACAAAAGCCAAUAAUCAAGAUGUUAGAGGACUUAAGAGUUAAAGUGAUGGAGAUGCUAUGGGUUAAGGGAAACAACUUAAGGACUUGGACUACUGAUGUUAGUCCAGCUUGCAUGAAGCUAUACAGUGACUUCAGGGCUAUAUCAUAUAGUUGUAGGUAGGGGUGUACAUGGACCGGGUUGGUUCGGAUUUUUUAAACACCAAACCAAACCAAUUGCGUCGGGUUUUAAAAUUUAUACACCAAACCAAACCAAUAAAAUUCGGGUUUUUCAACCUCGGGUUUUCUCGGGUUGUUCAAUUUUCUCGGAUUUUUCGGUUUUGUUUUUCGGAAUAGUCUUGAUACAAAACAUAUAACUUUUACUUUAAAGAUUUCUUUAGUCCUAGUAAGAUACAAUUAUAUAAUUAAGGUGUUUCUUAAGAAAAUAACACAAAAUAUGAGAAGAGUGAUGACAUUGUAUUAAAAUAUUCAACAAAAGCUAAUAUAAUCGGUUAAAAUAAAUAUUGAUAAUUAACAAGUCAUAAAAGAAAAUGACCAUAAUCUAAAAAUACUAAGUCAUGCUAAAAUAAGUAUUAAUUAUAUGACAAAGAAAAAAAACUUAAGUUAUUUAUUUUUACUCUAUAAAUCAAUUAUGCAAAACUAAAGAAUAGAUAUCCAACAUUAUUAUCAUUUCUAGUGAUAAAUUGAAUUUCUUUUGUUAGGAUUAGUGCUGAGUUGGUUUUGGUUUGGACUUUAUUUGAGUUACUAACAUCCAUAGGAUAUAAAACUUAUUGACAUUCAAAAUUCUAAGUUCAAGCUUGAAUGAUAUGAUAAUAGAUAAAAAAUUACGAAAAAAUUUAAGAAAUAUUUAUAAAUUACUUUACAAAUAAAUAUUUUUAUGUAUAAAAUAUUUUAAAAAUUGAAUACAUGUAAUGUCGGGUUGGUUUGGUUCGGUUUGACUUCUUUUAGUUAAAACCAAACCAAAUCAAUUAUGGUCGGGUUUUUUUUUCCAACACCAAACCAAGUCAAACCAAACCACUAGUCGGGUUUUUUUUUUCGGUUUGACUCGGUUUAUCGGUUUGGUGCGGUUUGUCGGUUUACUUUGUACACCCCUAGUUGUAGGGUGGAAUUCAAUGGAGAUUGGGGGUAUGAAGUGUCUGAAGGUGAAGAUAGACACACUGUCAAUCUGGAGCAAAAAAAAUGCACCUGCAAACUUUGGGAUUUAUCAGGUAUUCCUUGCCCUCACUAUCAAAGCAUUGAUGCACAAGAAGUUGGAUCCUGUGACUGAAAUCCAUUGGUGGUAUAGUAAGGAGUCUUACAUGCUAACUUACAAACACAAGAUGCAACCUGUAAGAGGUCAAAGCUUCUGGAAAGUUGAAGCUUCACAUGCAAUGUUGCCUCCUGAUUUGGUGAAACAAGUUGGUAGACUUAAAGAGGAGGAAUAGGGAACUAGAUGAGGCAAGAAAGAGGAAAGGUGAGUGGUCCUAAUCUAGAAAGGGCACUCAAAUGACAUAUGGUAACUGUGGUGAACCAAACCAUAAUGCAAGGGGUUAUUACAGGGACAAGUCUACUGGGAAGGGGUCAAACUCAAGGAAAGGAAAAAGGCCAAUGAAUGGCAACAAUUCACAGUCAACAUCAGUUAGGGAUGCAGAUGAGAAUGAAACUGCUACACAACAGUCUGUCGUCCAAGCCGCAACACAAGAGUUUGAACCAUAUAGUCCUGAUGUUGGCAUUGAAGAAGACCCAGCCCUAAGGCCAAUAGUUAUUUAUGAAUCACAGUUAAAGAGUGAGAAGUUGAAGAUGAGAAGUGUUCCAUCUGGUACAAGACAAAUCAAGUUUACAGGAGAUCACACUGGUGUUUCAGUUCAUACUAAUCUUCCUUACUCUCCAGUCAAGACAACUUGGAAUGGAAAAGAAACAUGCUCUUCUGGACAAUUGCAGAUGGUUGCAAAAAACAAAAAAAAGGCUCAAAAUGAUGGGAGUUAAGGGCAGAGGAACCCCUGCACCUGAUGAUGACUUUCUGUGAUUGUUCAGUAUUUUCUAUGUUAGUUUUUAUCUUAAUCCUCUGGUGGUUAAUUACAUUUGGUUGACAAACAAUAUGGUUUUAACCUUUUUUUGGUUGGUUAAGCACCAGAUGAUUAAGUAUGGUGAAACUUUCAUAUGCCUUGGUUUAAUGGCAUUAAUGACACCUUCUUUUGGUCGUGUUUAUGUUAAGAUGUAUUAUGGUUGUGCUACUGUUGAAUGACAAUGCUGUUUUAGUUGAAAA